AUGGCAAGCGGACUACAGGGAAGAGGGAAAGAGAGUACCGUGGGUUCUUCGUCCUGCGAAACCGAAUUAGAAAAUUUUCUCAAAGCUGUAGUGAACGAAGAGUAUAAAAGCCUCACUUUUCCAGAAACAAUCCUUUCCUCAAAUUUUACUCGUUCAAACGUUCCAGGAGAAUGGGAACCUUGCAUCCUAGUACAAAAUGUUUAUUAUUCCUCCAAAACGAAUGGCUGUCAGUUAUCUAAAUCAUGCAGCCUGUUGGAAAUGAAGUUAGGCAACCAUGAAAACAUGAAAACAACACACGACGAAUCCCAUCUAAAGGAGCCUGGCAAGCGUCAUCGAAGGCAGGGCAAACAGUUGUCUGGUGAAGGAACCUUUACUGCAAAAACAGCAAAUAACAGUUCUCAGCAGGAGUAUCCAGCCAACAGAACUCAUCAACAACCUGAAGGAUAUUCAUUUGUAGGAGCUUUACCCAAUGAAUCAAAUUACUCUGAUUUCUUGGGUAAUAAGAGCAAUGUUGAAGAUCUGCCCUUAAGAAUGACAGGGACGUCUCUUAUUUAUCCAGUAAGGGGCGCUGUGCGACAGCCCGAGAUGCAACUCCUUAAGACGGACAACACGUGCACGAGACUGGAUUCGGAAUCACAUACAAAGAAAGUAAAUGACGCUGGACAAUUGCCCGAGAUGCAACUCCUUAAGACGGGGAACACAAGACUAAGUUCGGAAUCGCAUACAAAGAAAAAACAAAAAUUUAGCAUGGAACCUAAAGAGAGACUCUUUAAAAUAGGUUUGGCAGCAAGCUGCAUUUACCCAGAUGUCGAGCAACACGAAGUGAAUGUUGUUAGGCAACAGCCCGAGAAACAUCUUCUUAAGACAGGAAACACAAAGCUGGGUGUAAAAUCGCACACAAGCAAAAGACAGAAAUCUAGCUUCGACCCUGGAGAAAGAAGCGUUAAAAUAGGGCGGGCAUUAAGCUACAUCCACCCAUACCCCGAGCAACACGAAGAGAAUGGCCUUGGGCAGCAGCCCGAGAUGCAUCUUCUUAGGGCGGGUCAAACAAGGCUGCUUGUGGAAUCGCAUACACCGAAAAGGCAAAAACUUAGCUUAGAUCCUGAAGGAAAACGCUCUAAAAUAGGGCUUGAAGCGAGCUACACAGAUCCAGAUGGCGAGCAACAAGAAUCGAGUGGCUUUGAAAGAAAGGGCGCUGAUAAUCAUAUACUGAUCAAUCGCUACAACAUAAAAAAUUCGUCAAACAAAAGCACUUUGAUAACAAUGGAUAAUAGCACAAAUUUGCAACAAAAGGACGAUUAUCUAUAUAUCUGGGAAAGUGUUGACGGUCUUACACGAAAAAAGCAAGAUGCAGCAACAACCGCAGUUACGGAAAGCCAUAGUUUAGAUUAUACACCGCAAACGUUUCCUGUAAGUCCAAUGCCAUUCAGUAUCAUCUCCAAUCGGAGCUCCAAUGAAUUCUUUCAAGAGUCGUAUUUGUUCUGCUGCCAAGCGGGCAAAACAGGAAAACCAUAUUUAUGUCCUUGGCGGUGUUGUGGAAAGCGGUUCCGUCGCUCUGACGAAGUAAAACGCCACUAUCGAUGUCACACUGGUGAAAAACCUUUCAUAUGCCAAUAUUGUGGCAGAGGUUUUUCGAGGUCAGACCAUCAAAAAAAUCAUACACGAAAAACACAUUUUACCGUACAUAGAUAAAAAAUCUUGCAUAGCCGCACUGAGGUAUUCUUCUAGGUCACAGUUUAGCUGUGCUAAGUUAAAAAACUUCCUAUAACUACCAGGAACACCCAGCCACCCAGUCAGCUUUCCAUAAAUGACGGAUAAGCGACGGUCUUCCCAGCUGAAGGCCGCUGUUUCAAACACCAAACGGACCAACACUCAGGGUAUUUAAAUAAUUGAUUAGAGACUGUUGCCUUUGUAAUGACAUUUACAAACCGCUAGACUUUCUAGUCUUAUCGGAUAAGGCCCCGUCUCACAACCUAAAAAGUUAUGUGGGACGUUAAAGCACCCACACACUGUUCUCAAAGAGUAGGGGACGUUGUUCCAGGUGUGAUCGCUUACCUCAAAUUUGCACUCACAAAGGGGGUAUAUUUACUCAUAUCUUUUAUUAAAAUUACUUGUAAACUGCACGAUAAGCAGUCUCACUGGCAAAAGUCCUUCAACCAUUUUUAUGGUAUUCCCGAAACGUCCUGAGGUGAGAAGCCAUUUUUAUGGUAUUUGUGAAUUUGUUGUUGUUGUUGUCUUUCUUUUUUUUAGCAGAAACAAUGUUACUUGGUUCUGUUAUACAACUCUGAUGUCCAAGAGAGUAGAAAUUCUAGUAGGGAUUUUUGAUUUGCAGGGAACGCAACAACAGUAAAACCCAGGUAUAACGAACCUCUAUAUAACUAAAUCCUCGCUGUAACGAACGAUAUUCCCAGACCCAGCAAUACCUCAUUAUAGCGAACAUAUUUCGCCAGUCCCUUGGUUCUCUUUUAAGUCCUCAAAAUUACAAACAUCAUAGCGGAGCUCUCGCCCGCGAAGCGCUCUAGCGGAGCACCAAGAAUAAGAAAAUUUGGUAAACUAUCCAUAUGAGACAAUUUGGUUAUGACGUAGUGUACGAACGCCGACCGUCCGUACACCCACUACAUGUAAGCCGAUGUCAAGUGUCACACUAGUCAGGAGCGAGAAAUAAAUAACAACGGAGACUAAUCUCGUUGGAAGAAAAACAUAAAAAUUAUAUAGCGGCGGUUAGAAAACGAGAAAUGCUAGCGGCUACUAAUGUGAAAAAGGAGCGUAAAUGGGAAGCUAAAAGAAGUUUCACGUUUUAGUCGUGUAAAACAACGGGAAGGAAAUGUACAAAAAAAACUGCUGCAUGUGCAGAGUUGUUUUUUUGCUAAUUAGAAAAAAAAAGUGUGCUGCAGGUGCAAAGUUGUUUUCUUGCUAAGUAGAUCUAUUGUUGUUGUUUUUACCGUUCUCGUUGCUUUCAACUUUAGUAUUACUCGAUUUUAUAUUUUCUUUGAAGAAUCUGUAAAUAUUAAAGAGAGCUUCGCAUUUACCCGUGGCUAAAUCUAUAUAUUACUGUACAUCUCUCUGCUCCCCACGCUAAAGAAAUUAAUUUCUAAUUUAGAUUGUUCGUGCUAGUCUUUCCUCAACAAGGAACGCCUUAAUUCGCCAACAUUUGGCUCUGUAAGACUAUGGCAAACUUUCGCCUCGUUUCUACUGGGCUAGGUCUGCACUAGAGAAAACAGACACAAAGGCAUCACCCAUAGCAGUCUUCAAUCUUUCAAGAACGUUAUUGUCAGAAGUUGCCUGAUAUCUCCCUCAGUAUUUUAGACUGUUGUGACCUACGCGGGUUGCAAUUUUAAUGUAUAUUAGUAUCAUUGUUGUAUUGAACUUAGAACUGUUUUAAACUUUCAUGAGACGAACCAAACUCUAAUUUGUGUCGACCUCGAACUUAGGACGCGUCGAACCAAUCAACUGAAUCUAACCAAAAAACAAUUUUAGCCCACCAAGGUAAAUUUUUUUCCCGAACGAUGAGUAAAUAUAGGUUAACAUACAAGCUCGGACUUAACUCACCAUAACUAAAGUUUGGUUCGUCUCAUGAAAAGUUCGACGUUUGGCUUAGGCCUUAGACUGUUACUGAUAACUUGAGGAAAGUCCUAGUUUUAUAAUUAAUGUUGACUUAUUUGUUUUAGUCUAGAUUAAGAUAUAUGUCUUCGAUGAUCUUGUAUUACUGUGCACACCUAAAUACAUCUAGCACCGAAAUAAGGUUUUAAUUCGUUCUUGUAUCUAUUUAUUUAAGAGCUUUGUGCUAUUAUCUAGCGAAAAACAUAUUUUGGGAGUCGCAACUAGGGGAAGCGAAAAUUGUAAACCCAUUACUACUCAGGGUUUCGAGAGCACUCUGACAAUCUAGAUAAUCUUCGGUAAUUUAGAAACGACGGAAUAAUGAGCGGAGUCGGAGGGAAAAGGUAAAUUGCAAAGAUACCUUUGCGCCUCUGACUCUAGGGAGAAUGGGCAAAAGCUUGAGUGUACUGAGUUCUUUGGAUUGUUUGGGUAGACAAGUGUUAGUUAUGAAUCGUCGAUGGUAUUCAGGGCAACCACUAAUAAACCAUAAUGAAGCAACACUUGCCCUCCCUACCGACCCCAGAAAUCGUAGCGACGAAAGGUUUCCUUUAUAUGUUCUAGAGUGGGUGCUACUCCAAUGUGUAAUUUUUACAGGAUCAUCGCGCUCUUACAACUUUGAAUGGAUCUGAUCGACUCCAUCGUCGAUGAAAACCAUUCUUACAAAUUUGGAUGCAUCUAUCCAUACAAGCCUUACUGUUUCUCCCCUUUUUACGAUGUUUUCCUCAAACCAGGGAGUAGGCCUAACGUUCAAACAAGGCCAAAUCAAUAAAAGAAACUUCAUCUAACAGACAACCAUGAAGCUUGUCUUUUAUAAAAGCAUAAAACGAGUCAUUAAAAGCCAUGCAUAAUUUCGAGAACAGUCCAUGAGAACAUAAUUUCGAGAACAGUCCAUGAAGUUUGUUCUGAUCGACGAUUUUCAGUUUUUAAAUCUUAAAAAUAUUAUAAUGAUAGAAACUUAAAAUGAUCUACUGGAACAGACUGGGUAACUUUUAAACCAUGUUCUGAGAAGAGUUCACUAACCUUUUGGUUAUAUCUAAGAUGGUGUGCGCAUGCGUGAUAACUUGCGCUUUCGUAAACUACCCGAAGAGUGGCGGACAUAAAAGAGAAUGAUUCAUUGUGAAGUUGUCCUUGCCACAGGUUGGUUCCUGUAUGUUCAAAAACCACUGGAAAAAUCUGCCAUUUACAUGGGUUGAUUUAGGGAGAGGGAGGGCAAGGGGCCACGCACAGAUACUCUAACUUUCACCUGCAUUACUGACACAUUGUCCUGAUUUAUCGCCUUUUUAAAAGGUUUCAUAAAAGUGUAUUUCGAAAUUCCAAAACCAAUAAUAGGUGUUAUCUAUAGAGCUGGUAAUUCAUAUCGUCUUGAUCCCCCUCCAUUUCUGCGUACUUCCUUAGAAAAAGAAACAAUAUUUAGAUUAGAACUGAAACAUUCCUUUGCCUUUCAAACGGUUCAAUUUUCCGCCUAGGUAUACCAGGACUUAAAAAUGGAAUCGUCAAGAGAAAAUUAAAAUUCUCCUUAAAUCCCCGUAAAAGACAAGCUUGUUUCACCGACCGAAUAUUUAACUAUCAUUUUUCUAUACCUUCGGUUUGGUCUGAGCAAUUGUCAUCUUAAACAUAAGGCACAAAAGGCUUACGGGCGAAUUUAGAUUUACAACAGAUCAUUUCUUGAUACAGUUUGGUGCUGCUAUAUCGACUGACAGUUAUGAUUUCGCAGUCAAUCACUGCGGACGCUGAGGAAUUGUUUAAAUUCAAUCUCUGCGAUCUAAGUAAAGUUUUCCUUUAGUAAUCCAAGCAAAUGCAGUAAUACAAGCUAGAACAGUCAUAAGUUUGUGAACGCAUACAAUGUUAUGCCAGCGUUAACUUACGGCCGUCCACGAAAAAAAAAGGACGUUCACGGUUGCACAGGCCGCCGUACGUAUCAACCCAUAAGGUCGUAAUGUGUUUAUCACAACACUUGAUCAGAGUCGUGUUGCCGGCCUGUGUGCAAAUCCGACCAAUAAUCACCGAUGAAUCUUGUUUUUAACAAAUCGUAACUCUCCAGACCCUUUUUGUUUUUAAGAUUAUGGGGGGCAAUACAGGAAACAAAGCUUGGUUUUCAAACAUUUGCAAGCCACCCGUGAUCUGGUUUGUUCUCUCCACCUGUAGAGCACGUGUUUGUCGAAUACGCUAUUUGCUCGGCUGGUUCUGGUCCUAGUUUAACCUGCAAAAUGACAUAAUUAUUUCAUGCUGUUCUUUGUCUAUUUCGUUUUAGCCAUAAUUUUCUUACUUACCAACUAGUAACUUUCGAAGCAGACGAAACAAUGGAGCUGAAAGGAAUUUUGAUCUUCCUUAUCUUGUCUGCUUUACUUGUUUUCACCCAUGCUCGACCUUCAGAGGUAAAACAAAAAAAAGCUAAUGUAGUUAACUUAUUUAAGAUGUUCGCCAUCCUUGUGUUUGAGGCUCAAGCGUAUCAUUUGGUCUCUUUAAAACAGGCUUCAAUUUCCAGCUUCAUCCUAGACGAUGUUUAUAUAACAUAUGAAACGAAAAGGAACUUGUUCUAAAAACUUUUCGAUCCCUACUAAAUUCUGCGGAAUUAGCAUCAGCUUGGGCUAUACUACAUUUUAUUUCUUUCAUCUUUCCGUGUUUCACAGCUGAAAUAUCGUGGUGUUUAAAAUCACGUCGGUAAAGCUUAAACUUAAAUCAAAGUUGUCACUGUAAAUUCAGUGACAACUUCCACCUUUUCCUCUAUUUCAUCUCGGCGCAAGAUCGUGCUUGAAAGACGUACCCUCUCCUUCCACAAUUAACUCAAAAAAAAAUUAGAUUAAGUGUUCUUAAAAGCCUGUGUGUAGUAUAUUGUUUUUAACAUAGAAAAUCAAAAAUUCUCUUAGUUUUUUUUACUUCUUACUUCUGGAAAUUUCUUAACCAAAGAGUAAAGUAUUAAUAUUUUAGGUCUUUAAGUGCUCGCUCUGCGAAACAAUCACACCUUGCUUCUCUUAAUCACAGUUUCAAUGGCUCAUCUCCACGCUCCAUUAAACGAUUUAUUACCGGAUAUAAUUUUCAGUCAAAUUCAAUGACUGUUUUUUUUUCGUUAUUUCGCUUUGUCAAAUUAUCCCAUUAAGCUUCGCUUUCACGACACCCAAAGCACUGGGAAGGAUAUGUACAAGUAUAACUCAAAAAGGAGGUCAUCCAGUUCCGACCAGGGCUUUUCCCUCACAGCUCCUGGGAACGAGGUUAAGAGGGUCACGUUACACCAGAGAGCAAACUGUAGUGUAUGAUUAUAAUAUCUUUAAACAGUCCUAAUAUGUUCGGAAAACUAUAGUGACGUAGUAGUGAUGAUGAUGAUAAUAAUAAUAGUUAUAAUAAUGAAUGGUCUUCUAUCACGAGCAGUGAGCAUUCUUUGUAAUGAACAGCAAUCAGGGAUAGAUAUUAGUGUUGAUUAAAAAAUGGUUUAGACAUUGUUUAGAACGCGGUAAUGUGUUAAACAACCUCCGAACUCCUGAGUAACUGGCCCAGUCUAAAAUAAUCUCUACCCUCGUCCCAACAAGGAGGAGCGCCAGAAGCGUGAAGACGAUGACGACAGGGAACAAGGUAAGUUCAGUUUAACUCACCUUAGUUAAGAGUUACCCUUUUAGGCAAUUGGCAGCAUGUUUUUUUAAAAAAAAAAAAAGUCUAGAGAACCAUCGAAGCGAGUAGGUUAUCAUCUUAUUUGCAACAGACAAAGUUAGAAUAAUUAAGAUCAAAAUAAAUACGUCACUAGUUCAGGAAACCUUUACGGAGAGGCGGCGAUGCAAGAAUACUUAUGACCAUCAAGAUCCUGUUUGACAAUAUAGUUUUUGAUUUCAAGAGUCAUUUCUUUAUAUCAUACGGUAGCAGCAAAACUUACUUAUCUCGAUCUAUGUAAAGUUCUCGUCUUCUCAAUAUUGACUGGUCCUCGACAGUUUGUGGGUACAGUCGAACUUCAAUGUGCGACCACUUCUCGUAAGCAACCACCUCCCUAAGCGACCGCCAAUCCAAAACACCAAAACUCUCCCAGUCAAAGCCUUACAGUUGGAACCUCUAGUAAACGACCACCUCCUGUAAGGGACCGCGACCACUUUUUGGGCCUGAAAGUUCAAAGAUUUUCCAUUGUGUUUAAGCUCUUGUUAGCGACCACCUGACGCCUUCUGUGUUCGCUUUGUGCCCUAUGCUACUUAGAAUAAACGACAUGUACUUAAGUAACAAUAUGGAACUACACAUGGCGUAACAUAAAUUAUCUUCCAUAAAGAAGAUGCUCCCAGACCUCUUCUGCGAAGAGAACCCUGUGGCUCGAUUCUUGUAAGCGACCACCUCUUUGCAUUUUUAGUGGUCGCUUAUGGGAGGUUCGACUGUAUUAAGGGAUGUUUAUUCUAGCAGAUAUUCUUCAGAUAGCAUUUUUCAUCCAUCGUGCCUUACGUAAACCUGUUCUUCCUCGAAUAUUGUCUGGCAAAACCGCUGAGCUACCGUGCCUUCUGCUGUCUCUUUUUCUGUCAACUAUCAGUACAAUUGGCAUCAAGGCAAACGCCUUCGAAAUUGGUUAACGCUUACUAGUUAAGAAAAAUUAGCCUGGGGGUUUAAGGCAAUCAGGAAAGAAGAAGUAUAUGAAUGAACUAUAGUUAUCGAAAUCAUUAAACUGAAUUGCAGUCAUUAUCGUCAAUAUUAUCAUCAUCAUCAUCAUCAUCAUCAUCAUUAUCAUUAUCAUUACCAUCGUCUCCAUCAUCAUUAUCAUUAUCGUCAUCAUUACAAUAUCAUUAUCAUCAUCAUUAUUGUCAUUAUUGUUAUCAUUAUCAUCAUCGUCAUCAUUAUCAACAUCAUCAUUACCAUCAACUCCUACCAUAAUCAUUAUUAUCAUUAUCAUUGCUUUGUAGAUGCAGCAGGAGGAGAGAGCGGAAGUGCUGCUGAGCCCACCACUGCCCCACCAGCUGCUGGUGCUACCACGCCACCCCCUGCAGGGGGAACACCGCCACCAAACGCAGGAGCACCACCACCCCCCGGAGGAGCUCCCCCAGCCGGUGCCAAUCCAAUUGUCGGUGCUGUUGUAAGUGGCUUUAAAAAUUUAUCCACAUUAUAUAGGACAUUAUAUGGUUAGACAUGGAGCCCGGCCAGAUUUUCGAACCCUUUCGCUCUUAGACCACAAAAUGGUGAGAUUCUUUGUCUCGGUGAGAGAAAUCCUGUGUUCUGUUGUUUUGUGCUCGCAACUUUUGCAGUUAAGAAACGAAAGCCUAAAAAAUCAGGCUUGUACGGGAUUCAAACUUUUUACCAAUAUUUUUCAGCUUGUUUUGAUGUUCGUCACAAAUUAUUAUCAAAGUAACGUAAUUGCCCUGUGUUGUAAUUUUGAUUCCUAAACAUAGCUUUUGCAAUACUGUAUGUGCUUGUAUGGUCAUACAAAUAAAGCUCGUUGUUGUUGCCAUACCAAUGCGAUAACGAUGGAGCGCUCUCGCCAAGUAAUCUACAGAGUGUAACAGGCCAACUAGCUGCUGGCAUACGUUUGGUCUAUAACUGUGAUGAUCUUAGCUUCUUUUAAUUUCAUUUAAUUCAUCAUCCCGUAGGUCUAGUGUGGGCUGAUUCAUAUCUAUUUGUUACUUCGGUAAUAGUUAAGUGCUGGUAAUGUAGGUUCAUGAACUUGGCCUUGGCAUGAUAUCUGGCAAAGUGUUAGUGAUAACAUAGUUUUGACGAAAGGCAUAUGCAUGUGAGAAUAUAUGAUAACUUGUGUACUUCUUUUAUGUGACAAACGUAGAUGCUGGCUUUGUUUUAAUCCCUCUAGAAUCAAGCGUGCGCUGCCUUCCAAGCGUGCGCUGCUCAAGGAGACCCCAACAUGUGCCUUCAACAAAUGCUGCAGACCAUAUCAUCAUUAAGUGCAGGUGCUGGAGUUGCUGGAGGUGCAGCUGUUGGGGGAUCCCCCUGUCAAGGAGGUGCCUCCAUGCCGAUGCCCCAACCUAUGCCUAUGCCCAUGCCGAUGCCCAUGCCCAUGCCCAUGCCCCAGCCGAUGCCGUAUCCCGAAGUUAUCAUGGAACCGGCGUCUUGUGGUGGGACUUAUCCAUGUAAAGACAAAGGAUCAAAAGGCAAGAAACACCAUGACAAGAAAGAGAAAAAGCUUGACAGGAAGGCCAAGAACGAUUAG